AUGCAGAUUUGCAACGCCUUCCUUCUUUUCCUUGGCUUUGCAGCAGCGGCCCCUUCCGUUGCCCUUGAUGGACGUAGCGAUGGCCCCCAAAGCGUCACGGUUCAAGGCGUCAGCUUCGCUGGAAGCGGCUGUGCCGCUGGUGACGCCUCUGUUCAGAUAGACUCGACCGGCUCUCUCUUGGCCACGUUUCAUGAGUAUGGAGUCAAAACCGGACCGAACACUGUCCCUGGUGACUGGCAAAAGUUCUGCAGGAUGGCCAUCAACUUGCAGUUUGACUCGGGAUUCCAAUUCUCCGUUGUCGGUGCCGAAAUGAUUGGAUCCGCCCAGAUACCGGCGGGCGUCAACGGCCAGUGCACAAACACGUUCUCUGUCACGGGCGGGACGUUGCCGCCCAUGCACUACUAUAGCAUCGCGUUUCCGGGCCCUUACUCGGGCAACUUUGACUUGCAGGCCCAGCCGGGCAAUUCGUCGUGGUCUCCGUGCGGUGCCAGCUCGGCCACUCUCAACAUGAACACUGCCUGCAGCAUUACUCCGGUCAAAUUGGCCGCUUUCAUUUAUCCUAGGCUAGGUGUUCGCUAUGGGCUCUUUGCCAAGGCUGCGCUCCAGUGGCAGCGUUGCCCCGGGAGCUAA